CUCGUUGGCGCUAGAUGUGUCAUGUGCUGUGUUCGUGUGGCGACGCGUCCUCUCACGAAUUGCAUCCGUUUCGAUUCCGAAUCACGCGCGUCCACUUUUGUACUGACAUUUUGCGCAAAGUCGAAAGUACGAAUUGAUUGACUAAAUAAACAAGGCAAGUAACAAUGCGAAUUCGUGUUCUACCUGAAAAUAGCAUGUUACAUUUCCUUCUUUGUUCCCAUCAAAUUCUUAUUAGUGCAGACAAGAAACACCGUGAUUUUUUUUCCAAUCACUAUUUCUUUUUUACUUAAACACUUGUUUCAAUAUAAAUAUGCGAUAUUUCAGUGCAAGUUGUGUAGAUACAUACAUGAUUACCGUAAUGUGAAAUUUAACAGCUGAUUUCAAUGAGUUAUAAGGAAUAACGAAUUUUGCGAUCGCGUUUAUGCAAUAGGUAAGUAUGUAUGUACAAUAAAUACAAAUACCCCGAGCGAGACGCAAGGUCAAAAAUUACCUGACAGCAUUAGCGUCUAUUGCGUGGCCAAAUGAAUGACACACGUAUUCCAAUUUAUAUAUGCUAAUAUUUUGACUCGCGCUGUUGCAGAAGAAUGUCACAAGUUGCGAGGAAAAUUACUUGGCAAAAAAUUAACUAUAAUAUAAAACACUGAAAUAAUAGUAAGGAUGUAAAACGUAUACGCGAUAAGAUACCUAGUUUCGCGAAACCGGCAUCGAUUACCGCAAUUACGUUGAAAGUUGAUCUUAUUGCGUUACAUAUGACAUGCUAUAUAACAGUUUCUGCUUUUUCUCUACUUUAUGCGCGUCAAAUUUUUAAAUUAUUAAAAUAACCGUAGUCAGUUUUUUUUUUCGCGGCAAUUUUUUUCUCAAACUUUAGUCCAAAUCUAAUCAAUGGAGCGCUAUACACGUAAUGUCUUUUGAUACCGUCAUACUAACUACGGUGACGUCAUGAGAUAUAUACAGAAACUCGCGACUCGCGAUCGACUUCCGAGGAUCGGCCGAGACUGACAUCCGCUAGCACGUUGUGUCGGUCAUACCUCCAUGAUAACGUGUUCUGCCCAAGGAUAACGAUGUAGACAUGAGAACAAGUUCUGAGAGAGACAAAUAUAUAUUCCGGGGAAUAUGUGUCGGAGAGUGUAUAGAUAAAUUAAGUGGAAAUUACUCUUAGGAAAAUUGAAGAAACGCGCAGAUCUAUGGUUGAUUGAUGCCAGUUACAUGAUGGAGCGCCUAUCCUCUAAUUGGGAAAAUAAACGGUUCAACACUGUGGGUAAAUCAUCGUAUACGUGACAUGUCCUUGAUAUUGACAAUCUUUGAUAAUACUCAACCGUCCACUUUAAGUUACUUCAAAUACUCAUCUACUCAUUUUUGUGUCAGACUCUUCAGAAGUUUAUCCUCAAGGAAGCCGCGAGAAUCGUGAGAUUAACAACGCAACAAGUUGCCCCACACGCGAAAAGUAGUUCCUAAUAUCAUUUGCAAGAAAAUAAACUUACUUUAAUUACAGAAUUUGAAUAACUGUUUCCAUUGCAAAGAAAAUAACACAAAAGUUUGAUAAUUCAGAACUUUUAAAUUAUCUUUGAAACGAUAAAUUUUCAUAAGUUAAAUGGAAACUUAACAUUUUCUCAGAGAAUUUAAUUUAUUACGGGGAAAGAUACCAUAUAAAAAUUUAUAAACAUAUUCAGCUCAGAUAACGUGUGAUCGUGAUAAAAGCAUUGAUAAAUACAGACUGGAGAGGGAUAAUGAAUGUGUAAAUGUGUAUGCAAUUAUAUAAAUUAAAAGUAAUGAAGAACGCGCAAGUGAAACUAAUUAUAAGAAAUUUACUUCGUACUAUCGCACAUAGAACAUGUUUAGAAGAACUAUAGGAAUUAAACAAUAGAACCAUUGACGGAACGAGUUUCGCGAAACGUAAAUAGUGUAUGUAUUGUAAGUUAAUGAAUUUGUCCCGCUCUGUGGUGACACAGCUUACAUAAUCACACUAGAGGUGGACCGAUCGUCUGUCUACAAUGACCUUGACGGUUUCGUACCGGUGGUCCAUUGGCUCGAUCUCGUCGAGAAAACGUCGACGAUGACGAAGUUGACGCUAUCUGCGAUUGCGAUUUACCGCGCCCACUUAUCGCUCUGACGGAACAAGUUCAGGAAAUGUUACAAUCUGUCUACCGACAAAAGUGCGAACUUAUUGCAAAGAGUUGUGAGAGGAAGACAGACAUUAUCACGUGAGAUACGCGACGAACGAGAAAUGACGGUGACUUACACCGCUGAGGUAGCCACUUGCAGAGGUCUCGGUUGUUUCCUCAAGUUGUUGCUCAGAUGGCGAGCGAGUAUUUACAAGCUCGUCUGGAUCGAUCUAGCCCUCUACCUCUUUAUUUAUUACUUACUGUCCGGCAUUUACCGAUUACUGUUGGAUGAUGAGCAGAAGAAGACGUUUGAGUCUGUGGUGGCGUACUGCAACGAGUACAGUGAUUUAAUACCGUUAUCGUUCGUCCUAGGAUUUUAUGUUAGUAUCGUGAUGACUAGAUGGUGGAAUCAGUAUAUGGCGAUACCAUGGCCUGAUUCUAUCGCGGUCUUCGUAUCGGCUACUAUACAAGGUAACGACGAACGCGGACGUCUAAUGCGCCGAACAAUUCUUAGGUAUGUGUGUCUCUGCCUAACCAUAGUUCUGACGAACGUUGCACCGCGCGUAAAGAAGAGAUUUCCCACUUUGGAGCAUUUUGUAGAAACUGGCUUAUUGCUGGAGAACGAACUAUCGGUAUUCCAAAGUUUAAAUGCAAAAUUUCCGAAGCCGAGUAAACACUGGCUGCCGAUAGUUUGGGCCGCGAGCAUUGUAACUCGCGCUCGGAGAGAAGGCCGAAUACGCGACGAUUUUGCAGUCAAGACUCUCAUUGACGAACUCAAUAAAUUCCGCGGCAACUGCGGCAAUAUCUUACAUUAUGACACAGUAGUAACGUUAGCAGUGUACACAUAUUUUCUGACAAGUGUAAUGGGUCGUCAAUGGGUUCAAAAAUCAGAGUCAAUCAUUGACAUGUACUUCCCAGUGUUCACGACGUUGCAGUUCUUCUUCUACAUGGGCUGGUUAAAAGUAGCCGAAACGCUAAUCAAUCCGUUUGGCGAGGAUGAUGAUGAUUUCGAAGUAAAUUGGUUAAUUGAUCGUAACUUACAAGUAAGUUAUUUAAUUGUCGACGAAAUGCAUCACGAACAUCCUGAACUUAUACGCGAUCAGUAUUGGGAUGAAAUAUUUCCUAUGGAACUUCCAUAUACCGCAGCAGCGCAACCUUUUCGCGAAGAGCCACCCCAACCCUCAACAGCUGGCAUACACUUGUCUGCCGCGCAACAAGAACUGCAACCGUCAUCGGUUAAAAUCGAAGAUCUGGCGCCGGAUGAUCAGCAGAAAUUCCGUACUGAUCUCGCUGACGACGCAGCAUCAGGAAUACAUUUUUUCGCAACUGGAAAAUUUUCCAGAACUGGUACUGAGACCACCUUGAUUAACCAUGGAUUAGUGAGGAGCGCCAGCAGAGUUAGUAAUCGAGAGCGCAAUUUCAGUGGUGGUUCAACUCCUAGCAACUUGGGCGGCUCGCUUACGAGAGUGAAUAGCGUUACCAGUGUACUUAAACGAUUAUUUAGCAAAGAAGAUAGACCGGAUGGUGGUAAUUCGAGCGGUAGCAAAGUCUCUGGAAAAAUUCCAAGUUCGAAUUCAGCAGUUUCGCUGCAAAUACGUCCAACCGGUGCAAGUGGCUCUAUGAGGAUAGGUGUCAUUGAGGAGGUAGAUGAACAGAUGACUCUUACGUCGUUAAGACAAUCGAACGAUACUAACAAGCCACAUGUACAAAGUAUAUUCGCUCAAGGCCCACCACCACCGAGUGAUCCUGUCGACGUUCCUGGUUCCGCGCUAUCUCACAGACGAGACAUACUCUCUAGGAGUGCACCCGCACCGGGAAUAGGAGCAACUGACAGUAACGGAAACACGCGUGAUAGACGGAGCGGUAUAAGAUCACAAAUAUCUACGCACUCGGUACAAUCAAGUAUUUUCGAACCGGCGAGUUAUCCUGGCAGCGGAAUAAAUGAUGAUUUGCCCAGUACUCCAAGAUCCACGUGCUCGGACGAUUCCGCGAAUGAAUUUACGAAAUUGAAAAAUGAGAGGAAAGAACGAAGACGCAACCGUAGAAUUGCUCGAAGUGUUAGCGGUCAAAUAAGUAUACUAAAUGGUAAUCAAUCAAAAAGUCCUCCAGAUUCAGAAACUCUUUUACUGACAGAGUUAGCAGAUGUAUCACGACAAAAUAUGAAAAUACAACAACAGGACGAAAGUGAUUAGAUUAAUAAAACUAUAGUUUUUAAAGUAUUUUUUGUUACAUCAGUUUUUAUUUAGAGGUUAUUAGUGCAAAUGAAUCAUGGACGGAAAUAUUUUUAAGUUGUUUUCUGCAAAAUAUAAAAGUCUUAUUUAUAUACGUAUGCAUAAAUAUGAAGGACAGUAAUAAGAUCAUUUGAAAUACAAGAUGCGACUACAAAUAUUAGACAGAAAAUCAAAUCAAAUUAACAGUAAAAUUUUUUGUGGUUCUUUAAUGUACUUAUCAAACACUAAUUCUCAAAAAAGUCUAUAAAUGUUAUCAAUAAACACAAAUUAGUGGGAAAAACUUAUAGACAGUUAGAAACUUAUAGAAAUUUUUAAUUGCCAAUUAAUAAGAUUUUAUAUUCUUAUAAAAUAAUUGAGAAUAUCAGCAAAAACAUUUCUAAAAAGCUAAUAAGAUGUUUUUACAUUGAUAAAAAUAUGUAUUUAAUGAAUAUAUAUUUGUAUGCUUAUGUAAUUUAUAUGCUUGAUUACUAAUGAUAAUAAAAGCAGAGAAAUACACACACACACACACGUAUAUACAGGGUGUCCGGUAAGUGCCGUACAAUCUCGUAGACAGGAGUAAAACUG